AUGUCAGACUCUGAAGAUCACCUCGACGUCGCCGAGGAUGGCGUCGAUGACCUGUUUGGCGAGGGCGGCGAUGAUGAUGACCUGCAGUCUGACAAUGAGCGCGUCCUCAGCGAUGCAGACCUCGCCUCUGAAAAGGAUGACCGCGAGCGGUACGGCGAGGACGAUGUGGACAUGGAUGAGCAGGACGUCGUGGUUAAGGACCGCCUCGUCAUGAACAUUCAGAUGUUCAGGCAUCGAACCCCCAAGUCCAAGGACGGCACACUUCGGUCACUUAGACCUCCCAAUUUCCUCCGAUGGGCCGCCGAAGAGUACAAAGCCGACAGCUUCGAACCGACACACUGGGACCUGGAGAAUGCGCAAAGCGAGAACCCGAAGGGCGUCAUCAGAUACCAGCGCGACCCCAAGACCGGAGAGCUGAAGAGUAAUGCGCUGGUCUAUAGAUGGAGCGAUGGGUCUACCACCUUGUCGGUCGGCGGGGAACACUACGAAGUACAGAGAAAGAUGCUAGCACCUCCCAGUGACAAGCCAUACGAAGAGAGACAGGAUGCGCACUACUACGCCGCGGCAGCCCAUCUGUCGAGCAACCUUCUCGUGACCGUGGGCCACGUCUCGGAGCAGUACACUGUGCUCCCGAAUAGGGACAUUCAAGAUGACGCUGUUGCGCAGCUGGCAAGCCGCAUGCAGGCAGUGGCGCGUGGUAAGGCGGUGAGCGCCGACAACAUCUUCAUCGCCACGAGAGAUCCGGAACUCCAGCGAAAAGAGGCCGAGUUGGCAGAGAAGGAACGCAUGAAGGCCCAGCGCAGACGAGAGAACGCGGCGGCCAGGCUCGACAACCGUGCCUCGGGCUACCGCAGCGGAGGGCUCUCGAUUGGCGAUCUCGAGGGUGGCCGGAGAGGAGCUGGUGGCGCCCGCAAGAGAGGACAGCCUGGCGCAUCCCGCCAGAAGAAGCGCAGGCCGGAAUAUGAUUCCGACGACGAUCUUCCGGCCGGGCGAGGUCGCAACGACGACUAUGACCACGAAGACGAUUUCAUUGCCCCCAGCGAUGACGAGGACAGCAUGGCGGCUGACGACGACGAAGAGGAUCUUCUCGACGACGACGAUGAUGAGGAAGAGGCCCCUCGUAAAAAGCGGCAGAAGACUGCCGAGGCCGAGGACGAGGAUGCGGACGCGGAUGCGGAUCUGGAUGACCUCGAUGCGCCAGCCGCCGAACAGGGCAGAUCACGUAGACGAAACAUUGUGGACGACGACGACGAUGAAGAGUAG